AUGACAGCCUCAAGUAAUGAAUCUCGCAUUAACCUCACUCGCAUUGCGCAUGUCUUCUACACCCAUAGAGAAAUCGACAAAGCCCAUCACUUCCUACUGGAUUUCGGAUUCCGGGAAGUCAAGCGCGUGGGCAAUGAUAUCUAUUACCGUGGCACCAGUUCAGAGCCAUUUGUGUACUGUGCGCGACAAGGCGACCAAGAUGGGUUUGGAGGCGCAGCCUUUGUCGUGGAAUCCGAAUCUGAUCUUUUUGCUGCGACAAAGUUACCUGGGGCCACAGGCAUCUACGACUUAGGAAAUGCGCCAGGUGGUGGCCGCUGCGUCACUUUCCAUGACCCCAUCGACAAGUUUCCAUUUCAUCUUGUUUAUGGACAAGAGGCCCAUGCCGAUGAGAAGGUGCUUCCACAACUUGAUUACAAUUUUUUAUUCUCAUAUAUAUAUACAUAUAACUCACUCAUCGGAAACCUUCUGACCUUCCCAGCCAACAGACAAACACCGGCCAGGGAACAAAACACAACGAUUCAAAAAGGGCCCUGCACCCGUGCACAAAUUAGGUCAUUUCGGAAUGUGUGUCACCAAUUUUGCGCAGGCGUUUGA